GUAUCGCCAGUUGUUGAUCGACAUUUUGGGGCUUUUAGUGGUUUGAUUCUUGGCUGAGUGGUGAGAGAAAGAAGUAGAUUAAUUGGAUGGUCGAAGUCUAAUUGUGUGUUAGGGAGAACUGAUGAAGAUGACAGCGGAAUAAGAUCACCUCCUCGAGGUAAAAUGAUGAUCAUUAAUGGGUCUGGUUUGCAUCCAGGGUAGAUUUAGGGUAUACUAGCUUCCAAAUCUGUCUUGUAGAGUAAAAUGGGGAGAAUGAUCUCGAACCCUAAAAUAUUAAACGCACAGGAAUGAUCUGAGUCCCACAUGAGAUUAUCAUCUACUUUGUUGCUCCUUAUUUUGGCUAGGAAACAAUUCGAUGCUUUCUUCGUUGUCCUCCAUGUAAAAAUUGCAGGUAUUUUCAGCUUUAUUUUGGAGGGACUCUGUCGGUAAUAACCAUUGUAAUUUGUGCAUAAGAUAUUUACAUGGCAUCUUCAGUAAGAAAGAUGAUUCAUGAUGAGUGUUUGUGUGGUCUUAUAUACGUAAUGCAUGCAAGAUUUUCUACAACCUUAAAAAAUGUAAUCGAAUUAUUCAAAGAUGGUCCUUUUCAUGGUACAUUAUGGUGGGCAUACAAGUCAGAGGACAAAAAAGUCAUAUUUUUCAGCUGUCAAUUAUCCUUCUCAAGAAAGAGAUCGAAUUGCUUGGUUUUAUAUUGUCUUUUUUUCAGAUUGGAAACCAGUAUGACAUGCACUACCUUCUCAUGUGCCAAAAGUAUCAUUGUGAGUUUUUUUAAUGACAGACUUAAGGUGCAUAAGGAUACGAUCAACCUAUGUCAGGAUGUUUUGCGAUGCAAAUUUGUUGAUUGGGAACCAGUGAUAUGUAAUAAUCUUUGUCAUCCAAUUCAUCAUGUGGAUCUUGUGAUCACAAUUGGUGGGGACGGCACUCUUUUACAAGCUAGCCAUUUUUUGGAUGACUCUAUUCCAGUCCUAGGUGUCAAUUCAGACCCUACUCAAAUUAAAGAGGUUAAUGAGUCAAGUAAUGAUUUUGAUGCUGCAAGAAGUACAGGUUAUCUUUGUGCUGCUACUGCUCAAAACUUUGAGCAGGUACUAGAUAAUAUCCUCGAGAGUUAUAUGCAACCUUCAGAAAUUUCAAGACUAUCUAUUACGGUAAACGGACAUCCAUUUCCAACAUAUGCUUUAAACGAUAUACUAAUUGCACAUCCUUGUCCAGCAAUGGUAUCUCGUUUCUCAUUUAGAAUUAAUGGCAACAAUGGAACAAGCUCGAGCUUAAUUAACACCCGAUCAAGUGGUCUUAGGGUUUCCACUGCUGCAGGAUCCACAGCUGCCAUUCUUUCGGGUGGAGGUUUGCGUAUGCCUAUAUCGAGUCGAGACCUUCAGUAUAUGGUGAGAGAGCCCAUUUCACCUGGACCUGCAGAAGCUCCACUGAUGCAUGGGUUUGUUAAACCCGAUCAAUCGAUUUUUGUUGAGUGGUAUUCUCAAGAAGGUGUUGUGUACAUCGACGGUUGUCAUGUAACCCAAUCUCUUAAGUUUGGAGACAAAAUCAAGAUAUCUGCAAAAGCCCCAGUUUUGAAACUUUAUUUGCCUCAAGAUUUGGUGAGAGACCAUAAUCCAAAAUCUUACCGAUGGCGAAGUGUACUGUAAUUUUGUUCAUUGGAUCCUUUUGAUGUGAACAAAAAAAACCAACUGUUUGUGUUCUAUAAAGUGGACACGGGUUUUGACAAAAUGUAGGAGUUAUUUUGAUUGCUAGCUGAGUUGAGAGACUCCAUUAGUCA